UGUGCUCGACGAAGGACGAAUUUACCGGUGCGUGUCGUCAAGAUCUCUCGCGUUUCCGAGUAACUGGACGACGCGACUCUUGCACGACUCUGCGUCGCCUCAAAAGCUCUCGUCGAGUCAGUGGCGGCGAGGUUCACCGACUACGACGAAUACUCGAUUUGGGGAGCAGAGGAUGAAGACUAGGCUCAGAGCGUGCGUUCAACGUUGAUUACAUGUGAUGAGCGUAGUGUAAAUGUUUGCACUAUGAUCGACUCGCCUUGGAUGGACACCGACAGAAGGAGACACACCGGGAACAUUCAGGAAAGAAUCGCGACCGGUAGUCAGCCGGCCGACAGAGGCAGAUAUGAGGACUGAGGUGUCAUGGAAACGGCGACUCCUGCGAAAGAGGCUGAAAUACAUGGUGGUGUGCGUCCUCGUGGUCGCCGUGAUAUUCGUGAUGCACCAGCUGUUCUACUUCAAGGAACUGAAUCGCGCUACCGUGGGCAAAUUGAUCGCCGGCUCGCUGAAGGACCCUCAUCGCGUGGCCGUUGGCAGCAAGGAAGCUUCCAAGUGGCAACAGCCGCAGCAUUCCAAGCUGAUACGCGACAAGACCGGCCGCACCGUGUCGUUGCGCGGCUCGCGUGACCAGGAUGUCACCAGGUACCUUCCCAACGCCAACGGCAAGUUCGCGUGCUUCGCCGAGAAGACGGAAAUCGACUUCACCAGAAUCAACGACGACUACUGCGACUGUCCGGCCGACGGCAGCGACGAGCCAGGCACCAACGCAUGCAACAAAGGUUUCUUCCACUGCGAGAAGAGCUCGAAGCAGUCAGCAGUGAAGGUACCAUCAUUCAAAGUCAACGAUGGAUUUUGCGAUUGUUGCGACGGUUCUGACGAGUGGGUCGAAGCACCAGUGUUGUAUAAACUCAGUGAAACAGGAGGCGUAACUUUUCACGGGAUAAAAUGUCCAACAAGAUGUUAGCGAGAAAAGUGUGAGUGCCAUAAUUUUACAUCGGAGAGAAAGUGCUGUCCUUCCUUUUUAUGUCGCAGUUUCGUGGAUUCGCAAUGUUGCGAUACAACCAAAUAUGAGCGAUAACGUGUUAUCGGUUUGAUUAGCAAACUAAUUAUUUUUUGCCUCUUUUUUUCUUAUCAUAAGAGAACAAUGCUUAUAUAACGUAUGCGUUAUAGAUAACUAAAAGUGAAACGAAAUAUUGGAUAUACGUUAACAAGACAUGCCUCAUUUUUCUAGACAACACAAAUCUGUUCCAGACUAGUAUACAGAGGAUUCUUUGUCAAGUACAUCUCGAAAAAUAAUGUAAUAAUGUACGCAUGUAAAAGUAGUCUUUUUUUGCUAGUAAUAUCAUUUAUAUCUGGUAACAUAUCGAUUUGUUAUGCAUUAGUUAGAUAUUCCUCACAA